GGAAUCUCUUCUCAUUGGUCCAUCUGGUCAGAGAGCAGAGAACAACAAACAAGAUAGGGUGAAGAACGUCGGGAUGGAUGCAGGUGCCCAUGCACUUACAGAUGCCUUCUUUUGCAGCUACCUUGACAUACGACACACUUCGCUUUGGAGAGUUUGAAGAUUUUCCUGAGACCUCAGAGCCUGUGUGGAUCUUGGGAAAACAAUACAAUGCACUCACAGAGAAAGACGACAUUUUAUCAGACGUCACUUCCCGACUGUGGUUCACAUACAGAAAAAACUUCCCACCAAUUGGAGGCACCGGACCAACAUCAGACACAGGAUGGGGAUGUAUGUUACGGUGCGGCCAGAUGAUCCUCGGUGAGGCUUUGGUGUGUAGACAUUUAGGCAGAGACUGGAGAUGGGCCAAAGGACACAAACAAAGAGAAGAGUAUAUCAGUAUUCUCAACGCCUUCAUUGACAAAAAAGACAGUUAUUAUUCCAUCCAUCAAAUUGCCCAAAUGGGAGUUGGAGAGGGAAAACCAAUAGGCCAGUGGUAUGGACCAAACACAGUCGCCCAGGUUCUAAAGAAGCUGGCAGUGUUUGAUACGUGGAGCAGAUUAGUUGUACACGUGGCGAUGGACAACACAGUGGUCAUCGAGGAGAUCAAGCGUCUUUGUAUGCCCUGGCUGGAUGUUGCAGGAGCCUGUGGUGGAUCAGAGGGAAUGGGGGAACUCAACGGCUGCCUGGAGGGAGCAUGUGCCCUGGCUGAGGAGGAGACGGCUCUCUGGAAGCCCCUGGUCCUGCUCAUCCCCCUCAGGCUGGGCCUGACCGAUAUAAAUGAGGCCUACAUUGAAACCCUCAAGCAAUGCUUCAUGCUGCCUCAGUCCCUGGGUGUUAUUGGGGGAAAACCCAACAGUGCCCAUUACUUCAUUGGUUAUGUCGGAGAGGAGCUCAUUUAUUUAGACCCACACACCACACAGCCUGCAGUGGAGCCGUGUGAAGACGGCCAGGUCCCCGAUGAGACGUACCAUUGUCAGCACCCGCCCUGUCGCAUGCACAUCUGUGAACUGGACCCUUCCAUCGCAGCGGGUUUCUUCUGCAGAACAGAGGACGAGUUUGACGACUGGUGUAUGCGCAUAAGAAGGCUAUCCUGCAACAAAUGGGGUCUACCCAUGUUUGAACUAGUAGACAGUCAGCCCUCUCACAUGGUCAGCGUGGAUGCUCUAAACCUAACUCCUGGUAAAUACAAAAACUGCAUAUGUUUUGUAAAACAUAUUCCAAAAAUAGAGAUAUGGAUUAUAAAUUUUACAUCCUUUAAAAUUCCCUUCACAGACUUCUCAGACUCGGACAGGUUGGAGCGGUUCUUCGAUUCAGAAGACGAGGAGUUUGAGAUCCUUUCCCUGUGAGGAACGUAAUGAACAAUGAUUUACUGUUCUCAGCAGUAAGCGAAAGAUUCUCUCUCUUCUCUGUAUCAGAAGGGAAGCCUGAGGGGAUGAACAUUUACUGGAGACCUCUUGAGCCAGUCCAGCUCCAAUGGUGUCACACAGCGUUCUUCUCAACAGCCUCUGAAUGCUCUCUAUCCAACACUGAGACCGCCCGGUGGAAGCUGUAGCAGGAGCUCAGGAUAAAAUUCUGUAUGCACAUCUUCACAUACAUGUGUUUCCAUUUGAGUCUUAACACUUUAAAUGUUUAUUCUGAAGUGAUAUGGUGCCUUUCCCUGACUCCAUAAGUAAAAUUGCCAUAACAGUUUUAUGUUGUAUAGAAACACAAUGGUUCAUGGCUUACGCAGUUUGUCACUAAUAACUGAAGUCUGUAACAGCCUGUAAUGAAAACCAAAUUUAGUAAAAAUCUGAAGUUGUAUUAGUUGUUCAUGCAAAGUAUCAUUGCCAAGUCUAAACUUAUACAUAAGUUCACUUGAAGAUUAUUUAUUUAAUCAAAACAAUAUAUAGGCAGGCGACAGAACAAUAGACAUGUAAGAGGAUUAAAAAGUAAAAAUAAAAUCAGAAUCUGAUAUUUGACAA